UUGGUUAGCAAAGUUGGCGUCAUGUAACUUUAGCUUUCGCUCAGUUGACAAUCUUGGCAACACAUUUAAAGCGAUGUUUCCUGACAGCAAGAUUGCUUCAAGUUUUUCAAUGGGUAGAAGCCGUGCAUCCUAUGUUAUUGGGGAAGGCUUGGGCCCUCACUGCACACAGAUAAUUGUUGAUGAUGUAAAGAAGUCAGAACUGCCUUUUUGUUUACACUUUGACGAAACCUCCACCACGCAGGUCAAGAAACAGAUGGAUCUUACCUUUCGUUACUGGUCCCCGACUCAUAAUGAAGUCUGGAUAAACUUCUAUACCUCUUUAUUUUUUGGUCAUGCAGAGGGUGAAAAGGUGGCUAACCGUAUCUUCCAAACAAUGUUGAAAGAUGACCUUCCAAUAACGAAGCUGUGCACUUUGGUAAGAGAUGGCCCUAAUGUCAAUAAAACCAUUGUUAGAAAGUUGGAAGGAGCAAUCAAAAAUGACAACCCAGACUUUAGUGGUUUUAUUGACUUAGGAAGUUGUGUUCUUCAUAACGUCCAUAAUGCUUUUGGCAGGGGUUUAGAGGAAUAUGGGAAAGACAUUGAACAGCUUUGUGUGGACAUUCACUCCCUUUUCAAGUACAGUGCAGCUAGACGAGAAGACUAUCACACUUUACAAUCUGCAAUGGGUGUGGAGAUGCACAAUUUCCAAAAGCAUACCGAGGUGAGAUGGCUUAGUCUGGGCCCUUCUGUGCGAAGAAUUUUGGAGCAGUGGGAUUGCAUCUGCAGCUUUGUGAAGGAUCUGGGAAAGGAUCCCAAAACAGCUCCUAAGAGUGUUGCUUACAAGAGGGUAUCGGCAAUGUUAAAUGACGAAGAAGGAAAGAAAACAAAGGCACAGUUGGAAUUUGUGGGUAAUGUUUCACCUGUUUUUGAAGAUUUCCUCACCAUUUUUCAGAACAGCUGCCCACAGGUUCACCUUUUAUAUGAUAAAAUGUCUGAGUUCUUGCGCAAGCUUAUGGGUAGAUUCCUAAAGAAAGAUGCGUAUGAGAAGAAGUUUGGUAGUGAUCUAGUCAGUAUUGACUGCAGUGCAAACAGUCAGCUGCUCGAUGCUGAUAUUGCAAUUGGAGAGGCGACCAAGAAGGCUUUAGCCCAAAUCAAGCCAGAUCGUAGAAAGUCUGUAUAUCUUGGCAUCCGCACAUUUUAUAGCACAUCCCUUACAUAUCUACAGUCUCAUCUCCCUCUUCAGAACACUCUCUUAAAAGCAUUAGGAUGUCUCAAUCCUGUCAAGAGAGAAAAGGCAAGUAGUGUGAAGGCAAUUGCACUACUGGCUAAAAAAUUGCAGCCUCAGUUGGAUGUCAGCAUUGUUCAAGAUGAGUGGCGAGUUUAUGCUGUCGAUGAAGAUGUUGAGCAGUUACACAAAGAGAAACGCGUUGACCAUUUUUGGCAAGAAGUAUUCAAUCUCAAGUCUCUUAAUGGGACCGAGCCUCGAUAUGUUGCUCUUCCAAAAGUAGUAAAAUCAGGUCUUAUUCUUGCGCAAACAAAUGCUGAGUCAGAACGAAGUCUGUCAGUGAAUGCCCGCAUUGUGACGCAAGAAAGGACACUUCUUGGAGAGAGGACCAUUGUUGGCCUUAGAUCUGUGAAAGAUGCUUUGAAGUUUUAUGAUCCUGAAAACCUGAGACCGGAAAAAUUUGCCCUGACAGAUGGUCUUCUAACUGCUGUGCGAUCUGCGCACAUGCAUCAUAGACAGCGGCUGGAUGAAGAAGAAGCCGAGAAGAAGAGAAAGGAGGUGGAUGAGAAAUUGAAAGCUGAAGAGGAAGAACGAAGGAAAAGAGACCAGGAGAAGUUAAGAAAAGAGACAAGAUCGUUGAGAGAUAAAGGAGAGAGGCUAGACAAGAAGGAGCAGGAGGCAAUGGAUGAAAUGCAAACGGCUAAUGAGCUACUGUCAGAGGGCACAUGUAAGUUGCAGGCUGCUCUAUCUUCAGGUUCCAAGGUUGAUUCACAAGGUGCAAAAGUUGCAUGUCUCAUGAUUGAAACGGCCAAAUCGAAUCAGGCAAAGGCAAAGAGGAAGCUUGAAGCAGUAAGGGAGAAGCAAAAGGAGGUUAACAUAAACAAUCAGAAGUUGCUGGAGAAAGCUCUACCAGCGGAUGUUUCUGCUGUACCAUUAAAGAAAAGAAAGUCAAAGUAAAUGUAAACUGUCAUUUUACACCUCUACGCAGGUGCUCUGCCAGCUCAGUAAAGACUAAAAUGUUCUUGUGUUAGCAAUCAUCUGCUGGAUUAAUGUUGAAGUUAUAAACAUAAUGAAAAGCCAACUUUGUUUCUGAACAAAAGUGAAGGUGAAGCAGUUCAGUUGUUACUUUAAAAUUAGGGAAAUCAAAGUAAAUAAAGUUAUGUUGUACAGAUUUUUUGAUAGAUUUAUCUCAGUGAGGGAUAUCAGGAAGAUUAAAAAUUCAAACCAAAAAACUCGUUUUGUCCUAUUUAUGUUCACUGCUGUUGAUCGACUAAAGUGGUGAAUCGGGGAUAGCAGCUGGCGUGUGGGGAGGCUACCUUUGUUGACGAAAGUACUAUUGAUUUUCCUAUUUUUCUCCUAUUUUUUAGUGCAAAGUUUCCUAUUUUUCCUAUUUUCUCAAUCCUGAAAUUCCUAUUUUCCUAUUUUUUUGGGCAACCAUGCCGCUGGAC